CUAUUUGCUAGGACGGACGGAUUAGAGAGGUCAGUUAUAGCCUCGACGUGCUUCUCAAAAUUUUCAUGGGAUUCAAAUUUUAAAUUUUACUUUAGGUUGCUCAGGAAUCCAGGUUUGUUCGUCAACAUUCCUUACGCACCUGCUCGCAGCUUUUAACAGGUACACGAGGGCCAGGUCCUGUAACCGAACCGGACCCUGCCAAAAAAAUGAUGCUGACUCUGGUUCUCCUUUCGCUGAGCCUUUACGGAGGAUCCUAUGGAACGCCUCAUGAAGCCGUGGUUGUCACCGAACCUGAGUGCCUUUCUUGCCAUGAGACAUCCUCGGAUCUGGUCCUACCGUUGGUAGGCGAGGUUAUCACCGGACCGGGGUAUCUUCCGGGAGCCUACCCGAAAACCACGACUCUGGACGAUGCGUUCGUAGGCGAGGGUAUCGAAGGAUCGAAGUAUGACGGACCACCCCUCAAGAACGCGGCUCCGCAAGGGACACUGCUCAACCGGAACGGCUGGACGGUGACUUGCGACAGCGCCCACGCGGGCAACGAAUGCGCUAAGGUGCUCGAUGGGGAUCGUAACACCUUCUGGCACAGCGAGUAUCAACCCAAAUCGACGCCUCUGCCCCACACGAUCACCAUCGACAUGAAGGCUGUCCAGAUCGUGAGUGGACUCGCUAUGCUCCCCAGACAAGAUAAAAAUACCAAUGGUUUGAUCACUGGGCACACUAUUUCCGUCAGCGAAGAUGGGACGAACUGGCAGCGUGUAGCGUUUGGUACUUGGGCUGCGGAUAGUACAGAAAAGGUAUCUGAAUUUGAGCCCGUCAGAGCGCGGUAUAUCCGACUCGUGCAUACAACAGAGCCCAAGAACCAAGCCUUGACCUCCAUCGCUGAGCUCAACGUGUACACCUACCCUACGUACACCCCCCCGGACCCGAGCCUUGGUGUCUGGGGACCCACGAUCGACACCCCGGUCAUCCCCGUCGCAGCCUCCAUUCUACCCAACGGCAACGUCCUCGUGUGGUCCUCCUGGGGGAAAGACACGUUCGUCAAAGGUCCGCUUACCGUCACAAUGACAGCCACCUACAAUCCUAAGGAUGGGACCGUCUCGCAGCGCACCGUCGCCAAUACAAAGCAUGAUAUGUUCUGCCCUGGUCUUUCCCUCGAUGUCAACGGAAGAGUCAUUGUCACAGGCGGAAAUAACGCUCCUAAGACUAGUAUAUACGACCCAGCCUCCGACGCUUGGAUCGCGGCGGCGGACAUGAAGAUCGGGCGAGGCUACCAAUCCUCAUGCACAUGUUCCAGCGGCCGAAUCUUCGAAUUGGGCGGAUCAUUCACCGGCAACAGGAAAGUCCUCAAAAACGGAGAGAUCUACGACACCAAAACAAACACAUGGACUCUUCUCCCCGGGUGCCCCGUGAAGCCCAUGCUAACAGCCGAUAAGAAAGGCCUGUUCCGUUCCGACAACCACGCCUUGAUGUACGGUUGGUCGAACGAAACGGUGGUCCAAGUCGGGCCCAGCAAAGCCAUGAACGUGUACUUCGUGUCCGGCACCGGUGGUCAGAGAAGCGCCGGUUUACGCUUGGACGACGGGGACGCCAUGUGCGCCGCCUCCGUCAUGUUCGACGCCGUCGGGGGUCAAAUCCUAGUCGCCGGCGGGUCACCCAACUACGACGAUACACCCGCCACGACCAACGGCUACGUCGUCACCGUUGGUUCACCCAACACCAACUUCGCCGUUAGGAAGACGGGCAACAAAAUGGCCUACCCGCGUAUCUUCUCCAACUCCGUGGUCCUGCCGAACGCGGAGGUCUUCAUCAACGGGGGUCAAGCCGUCGGGUUGCCGUUCAGGGAGGACGGAGCCCAGUUGACCUCGGAGAUCUACUCCCCCGACGAUGACCUGUUCCGAUUGGCGGCCUUCAGUAUCAUCCCCCGGGUUUACCACUCGCUUUGUCUCUUGAUGCAGGACGCCACCGUCAUCUGCGGAGGCGGCGGUCUCUGCGGAAACUGCAAGACGAACCACUUCAAUCUCCAGAUAUACACGCCGUCCUACCUGUUCAACGACGAUGGGAGCAAAGCGGUCAGGCCUGUCAUCUCUAGCGUGUCGGUCACUAAGAUCAAGCCUGGUGGAAGACUGGACUUCGUGACGGACAGUGACGUUGUCUAUGCGAGUUUUGUGCGUUUGGGGAGUGCCACGCACUCGACGAACACGGAUCAAAGGCUUGUGGAGCUGGAUCUGAACGAAAAGGAUGUUGAUAACUCUUAUUAUGUGGUCCUACCGACGGACCCUGGGAAAUUGCUCCCGGGGUACUGGUGGCUGUUCGUUCUGAACGAGGACGGCACGCCGAGCAUCGGAACUACAAUACAGGUUACUUUACCAUAAAACAGUAAUACUAUUUCAUUUGGACUACAUUUUGUGAUUAGAAACUAUAAUUUAUAUUCCCCAUCUAUGAAAACACUUACGUGUUUAGGGAAGUGAAUGAUACAGAGGUUGUGUCGAAACUGAGGCAGAUAUUUUAGUUCUGGUGACAAGUGAAAAUGUUCAAUUUAAAAUGUCUAACUGUAAAAAUGUCCAAUAAAAA